AACACGUCCGAGCUCCAGAACACAUCCGAGCUCCAGAACACAUCCGAGCUCCAGAACACGACACAGCACACAAUGAGCCCAAACGCCAACAACAAGCUGGGUGGCGGGCCGAGCCUGCUCUCGCUGCCGCUUUUCGGCGGGCCGACGAAAAAGGAGAAGGCGCUCGAGGCCGAGCUGCAAGACCUGAAAAAGGCGCACGCGGCCGAGCUCCGGGCGUCGGCGCAGUCGCUGCACCAGCAGCGGACGGCACUCCAAGCAACGAUGCAGACGCAACGGGCGUCCCAGGCGGCGCAGCGGGCGGUGCAGCUGGCGACGGAGCGCACGCAGCAAGACACGAUCCGGUCGCAGGGCAACACGAUCCAGACGCAGCAAGACACGAUCCGCAUCCAGGAGGCGACGCUCGAGACGCAGAUUGCGCGCGCGCGCGCGCUCGAGGAGCAGCUGCAGGGGCUCGAGUACCAGCACACGCUGCGCAUCUCGCAGAUGCAGCACGACCUCGACGAGGCCCGCCGGCAGCUGGGCCUGGCGCUGGCGCGGACUGCGAGCCGCGGAGAUAGUGAGAGCGACUCGUCUGCAAACGACACGCCGCGGGCCUCGGCCGGCAGCACCGGGGACCCGCUGCCCGAGCAGCUGCAAACGUUGCUGGAGAAGGAGAAACCGGGACAGGGACAGCCGGAAAAGGGACAGCCGGACGCGAAGACGCUCGCGCGGCUGGUCGACGAGGUGACGGGCCUUCGGGCGGAGCUGGAGCGCAGGAAGAAGGAGCUCGUCGUCAAGGACAACCGGCUCGAGUGGAUGCAGCAGCGCGCGGCGGCCCUCGCGCGCGGAGACACGGAGUCGCCGUUUGUUAAGUAUUUCUUCUAGUCCUCAAUGGGAUACCUAUUAUUGUUGUAAACAACUCGCAAGAAAAGAAAAACAACCGAGAGAGAGAAGAUGGGCGGCCAAAAAGGAAUGCGUCAGCCGCGAAUCGAACGCGGGGCCCAUCGACUUCACUGCUCGGAAGGAAUGGCAACGAUGGAUUUUACCACUA